AUGGGCCCUUGGAAGUCACCGGGCCCGGAUGGGAUCCCUGCGGGUUUCUAUCAACGAAAUUGGGAGUGGGUAAAACAAGAUGUGAUCAAAGCGGUUAGCUCAACCCUUCAUUCAGGUAACAUUUUAAGGGAGUUUAACAUGACUAACAUCGCCUUAAUUCCAAAAUGUGAGAACCCGGAUUCUGUGACUAAGUAUAGGCCGAUAAGCCUAUGUAACGUUAUCUACAAGAUAGUAUCAAAAUGCAUAACAAAUAGACUAAGAAUGGUUAUAGGUGACCUCGUUGGGCCCUACCAAAAUGCUUUUAUUCCGGGAAGAGCCAUAUCGGACAACAUUCUGUUGGCCCACGAAGUCUUAGAGCACAUCAGAAAGUCCAAAAAAGGAAGGAACGCAAAAAUAGCCAUUAAAGCGGACAUGAGCAAAGCCUACGAUAGGAUUAAAUGGGAUUUCCUCGAAAAAGUUUUGAUCAAGAUGAAGCUCCCCACAUGCCUUAUCAAAAUAAUCAUGAAUUGUGUAACCUCUGUCUCUUACGCCAUUCUCCUAAAUGGCCAGCAACAGGAGAUUAUAAAACCACAAUGUGGGCUUCGACAAGGUGACCCUCUGUCUCCGUACCUAUUUAUUCUAUGUAUGGAAGGGCUGUCAGGUUUGAUAAUAUCCGAAGAGAAGGAAGGCAGACUAAAAGGGGUUAAAGUGGCGAGAAAUGCCCCUCCCAUAUCACACCUCUUCUUUGCUGACGACUCUUUCUUCUUCCUUCAAGGUCUGCCAGCAGAUUUCAAGAGCAAUAAAAAAACGAUCUUUCAGACUCUCAUUGACAAAGUCCAGGAGAGACUCAAUGCGUGGAACUCUCUCUUCCUUUCGCCUGCUGGCAGAUGGGAUGUGAUUACAAAACACAAAAAGGAGGGUGGACUAGGUAUCAAAGAUCCAAAAAAGUUUAACAAGGCACUUCUGGCAAAAAAGGGAUGGAAAAUCAUUAAUGAUACGAACUCACUCCUAUCAAAAACCUUUUCUGCUAAGUAUAAGAUCAACAAGGAAAGUCUGUUCAAGGAUAAGUGGAACAAAGAGGGGCAAGCGUCAUGGGGAUGGAGGGGUGUGAAAUGGGGGUUGGAACUCGUCAGAGAGGGGAGUUACUGGGCUAUAGGAGAUGGAUGCUUGGCAAAAUGUGAUCACCCCUGGGUUCUAGGUGAAAGACCAGUGUGGAAACCAAGCAUAAACAACCAAAUAAGGAAAGAGGAUAUGGUUCGAAGUCUGAUAAAUGAGGACACCAAUGAAUGGGACAACCUCAAGCUUGAGCAAAACUUCUCCACCAACACCAUAACUAAGAUCCUUAGCAUUGAAAUUAUGGAGAGAGGGUCACAAGAUGAUCUAGUGUGGAAAAAGGAAAAGAUGGGUUACUACACUGUGAGGAGUGGCUACUCGAUGCAAUUGGAUGCUCAAAAGGCUCAGAUGAAUGGGUGUAUUCAGAGAAACUGGAGUCAUUUGUGGAAGGCAAACAUGAACAAUAAGUGGAAAGUCUUCCUCUGGAAAUUACUUAAUAACAGCCUUCCAGUGGGGAAGGAAUUCAUCAAGAGAAAAAUUGUUGUGGACUCGAUGUGCAGGUUUUGUGAAACUAACGUGGAAUCUUUGGAACACCUUUUCAGGGACUGCAAUAUGAGUAAACACAUUUGGGCAGCAGGGAGGCUUGGAUUGAGAACUGAUCUCCAGUCGAACGUCCCUCUAGGAGAUUGGGUUUGGAACUGGUUUAAAAUGCUAAGAGAGAGGAAAGAAGAGGAUAGUCAUAGGUUCAACUACUUCACUGCAACCCUGUGGGCUAUCUGGUGUGCAAGAAAUGAGAUCACCUUUAACAAAGGAAGCUGCAGUGCUAAAGGAAUCCUGGAUAGGGUGGAAAAUACUUUCAGUAUAGAAAUGCAGGGUAGGACUAGAAACAAAGAAAAUGAAACAAGGAAAAGGAAUGAUGAUCCUGAAGAGCCACCAGGGUUCGAGAGGAAAAAGAAGCUAGAGGAGCCACCAGGUUUUGAAAGGAACAUACUUAACAAGGACGGUACUAGCUACCACCUCAUAGGAAAAGGAAACAACUGUGUUAAAAGAGUGAUACACACACAUGUGAAUACUUCUGCUUCUGUAAUAUCUGCCAAUGUCAACUCGAUUCCAUUACUAAAUGGGACCAACUUUAAGGAUUGGAAGGAAAAUAUAAGCAUUGUCCUUGGCUGCAUGGAUCUUGACCUUGCAUUGAGAACGGAUAAACCAGCUGCUCUUACGGCUGAAAGUACCGCUGAUCAAGAGCGUGACUUUGAGAGGUGGGACCGUUCUAAUCGUAUGUGUGUAAUGAUCAUGAAGCGGGGAAUUCCGGAAUCAUUUAGGGGCUCUGUGUCUGAUGAGGUCAAGAGAACAUAA